AGCAAAUGAAAUAUGCUCAUGUACUGGCACAAAUUACAGAAACACUGCAUUUAUAAACAGAUGAAAAUUAGUUGAAAACAGUUUUUUGGCAUAAUAUGUAAUAAUUAAAAAAGAAUAAUAAUAACAAUUAUUUUUCGCUUGUAUUAUUUCAAAUUAAAAAGAAAUAGAAGAUAACUAUAUACAUCUUUACAGAUGAAAAUGGCUCAGAUACAACAACAGAAGGGCACAGAUGAAAGUUUCAAGAGUAGUAAACUUGUUUAAGCAGUGUUUCCACAAUUUGCAUCAGUUCUGUAUGUUAUACAGUGGGGGUAUCCUUUGUGUGUCUGUCUCAAUAUGUUUCUCCCUACAGUAUGCGUUUUGAAAGCCCUCAUUAUUCUCCCUCUUCUCACUUGCUGCAGUAUGUCCCAGCAUCACUGUCACCUAUUUCUCUUUCUCUCUUUCUCCUCCCAUCUCCUGCCUUUCUCCUCUCGCCCCGCCCCUCUCUCUCUCUCUCCACGCCCCCACUGCAGGGUAUUGAUUUCAGCAGGUUCUGCCCUGUGCAGCAGUCCCUCAGUCAGACCGCAGAGGUGCUGUUCUGUGCAGUGGCUCUGGGACCUCCUCGCACGCCGUGCCCCCCCGAUCACUGCACUGCAGCCGCGCUAGCAACGAGCCCGAGAGAGAGGGGGGGAGGAACGCAACUGAGCACGCCCGGGGAAGACAUGGGGACUCGGCCGAGGACGCUGGCUCGCUCCCACGCGCAGUAAACCCUUCCUUUCACGCCCUGGUUUGAGUUCGGGUCCGGUGGCGGCGUUUAUAGCGGCCAGGCUCCGCAGGACUGCCCAGUGCCUCAGGUAUGCCAUCAUGCCCAGGCUGGACGUGGAUCUCAAGCUGGACUUUAAAGACGUCCUGGUCCGGCCCAAGAGGAGCAGCCUGCAGAGCAGAGCAGAGGUGGACCUGCAAAGAACCUUCACAUUCCGCAACUCCAGGCAGACCUACCAUGGAAUUCCCAUUAUUGCCGCCAACAUGGACUCCACUGGCACCUUCCAGAUUGCACAGGCCCUGAGCAAACACACACUCUUCACAGCCAUUCAGAAACAUUACUCCGUGGAGGAUUGGAAGGCUUUUGCCGCCCAGAGUCCUGACUGUCUGGAGUAUGUGGCAGCCAGCUCAGGGACCAGUAAGGCUGACCUGGAGAGGCUGUGCAGUAUCCUGGAGAGUGUGCCUGGAGUCAAGUACAUCUGCCUGGAUGUGGCUAACGGCUACUCAGAGCAUUUUGUGGAGUUUGUCAAGACCGUCAGAGACAGAUUUCCUGACCACACCAUUAUGGCUGGCAAUGUGGUGACAGGGGAGAUGGUGGAGGAACUGAUCCUUUCUGGAGCUGACAUCGUAAAAGUGGGCAUUGGACCAGGUUCUGUGUGCACAACACGCAUCAAGACAGGGGUGGGGUACCCCCAGCUCAGCGCUGUUAUGGAGUGUGCUGACUCCGCCCAUGGACUGAAAGGCCACAUUAUCUCAGAUGGAGGAUGCAGCUGCCCAGGUGAUGUGGCCAAAGCCUUCGCGGCGGGGGCAGAUUUCGUGAUGCUGGGGGGCAUGCUAGCGGGGCAUGACCAGUGUGCUGGUGACAUCAUUGAGAAGAACGGGGUGAAGAUGAAGCUGUUUUACGGGAUGAGCUCUGACACAGCAAUGAAGAAGUACAUGGGAGGAGUUGCAGGAUACAGGGCUUCUGAGGGUAGGACAGUGGAGGUCCCCUAUAAGGGCAAUGUGGAAGAUACCAUUCUGGACAUACUGGGGGGACUACGCUCCACAUGCACUUAUGUGGGGGCCACUGAACUGAAGGAGUUGAGUCGCCGGACCACAUUCAUCCGGGUUUCACAGCAAUUCAGUAGUAUGUUCACCUGAAAUGCAAUGCAGAGACACCUUUGCGCAAAUGAACAUGACAAGCAUGUAUGCACAUACAUACACACACAUGCAGACACACGCACACACACAUACAUGCACAUACAUGCACACACACACACACACACAAACACACACACACCCAUUUCAGUAAGUCAGGUUUCACACCUCUUCUUUUUAUAGUUAAUAUGAGAGACAUAAAGUAUGUUCUCCUCACAGCUUUGGCCUGUGUACUUUGGUGAAACACUACUUUUUACUCAAAAACGGUUGCUCAGUGUUGCUUCUGGGCCAUAGGCUGGUAUCAAAAGCAACACACUUCUUUCUCUCAGGACCCUUGGUGCCAGUGACUUGACUAAUUUUAUUCAAUGCGACCACUGUGUGAAGAAGCAUGGUUCAGAUCUCCAAACAGGUCAAGGUUACAGACAACUCUUCCACAUUAUCACAGAUUUAAUUGUAGAUUCAGUUUAAAGACAGGGACAUAUCUGUGCUUUACACAUUAUAUCCUCCAACUAUCCCUUCUUUUUAACUGAUGAGGGUUUAGGAAUAGAGGAAAGUUAUGAGAAUGGUACAAUGGAUAGCAGUGUGGUGGAGUGGUAACAGGAAUGGAGCUUUAGAUGGGUUCAAAUCAUUUAACAGCCCUUUAUUUUGCUGCUUUGAGCAAGGUACAUAAUGUGAAUGGCUACAGAAAUUAGUCAGCUGCAUAGCUAAAUGGAUCAUAUGUUGAAAUGUAAGCUCAUGGGACUGUGAAGUAGAUAAUUACUGUAAUGUAUGCUGGCUUUCAUUUCUGAACUUCUCUUCUUCGAAUGGAUGAAUGUUUUUAUUAGCUUUGGUCUCUAAUUUUGCAUGUAUGUGUAAAAUGCGUUGCUCUGUGCGUGCUCUUCUCUGCUGAUGCAGACGACCCAUUCAUUGGGUGGGUUGGUUCCCUGUAAUGAAAAGCUUGUGGGCUGGGUCAUUCUGGAAGGCUCGGGAGAUAAUAAACAUGUGAACAAAGGGACGAAGCAACUUGUCUUGAACAGCAACGUUAAAUAAACUGUUCAAAAUGGCA